GGCCGUACCCGAACCCGUUGCCAUCUAACUUCACUCCCAUUAUUAGCAUUCAAAAUACGAAAUUUAGCAAAGAAACAUUGGAUUGAUCACAGUUCUCAAAGCUCUCGACUUGAACAGUUGAAGCUCUCUGAUUCUUUUAUCCUUCGCUUUUCCCGGAUUCUUAUGCUUUUCAGAGCAAUAUAGACAUCUUUUCAUUUUCUGUAACGAGUUUUUCUUGGUAAAAUGUCGAGUAGCUCCGGUGACAGCACUUUAGAUGUAGAGGAACUUUUGCAGAUUGGGACGAGAUGCAAAGAGCUAAGAAAAGAAAAAGACAUGUUGCGAGAAUCUCAAUCGCAGAGUUUCGAACUAAUUAGGAGGUUAGAACUACAUGUUAAAUCAUUAUCAGAAGCUCAUUCUGAAGACAGAAAGCACAUUCAGAAGUUGGAAAGAGAGUUAUUGAACUGCUCCCAAGAGAUAGAUUACCUGCAGGAUCAACUAAAUGCAAGGAAUGCUGAGGUUUACAGCUUGGGGGAGCAUGUUCACGAGCUUGAGUUAAAACUGGUAGACAUGGAUGAUUUACUGGUGAAGAUUUCUCAGUUACAGGAGGAACUGAGGAAGUCUGAUUCAGAAUGCUUCUUGUUGAUACAAGAAUUGGAGCGCAAAGAAGUAGAGCUGCAAAAAUCAGUUUCAUUUAUCGAAAAACUGGAGGAGUCUGUGGCUUCUUUUACCCUAGAUUCUCAAUGUGAAAUAGAGAGCAUGAAGCUUGAUGUAAUGGCUUUAGAGCAAGCAUGCUGUGAAUCUAAAAAGAAACAGGAAGAAACCACAAUGGAAAAGGAUACGAUGGAUGGGUUGGUCCAGGAACUAAAGAAUCAGGUUUAUGAUGCAGAAGAAAUUAUACAAUGCUUAGAGAAGGAGAAUAAAGAACUAAGAGUCAAGCUUGCUACAUCAGAAAUGAAUGGAAGAAUAUUUAUUCAAAAGAUUGAGGAAUGGAUGGAAAACCAGGACAAUUUAUUGCUUAGUACUCAGCCAUACUCAAGUGAACUGGAGAAAGAAAAUAUGUCUAAAGAAAUGAGCGCUUGUGGAGAGGUCCUUGGUCUACUCUUUUCAAAGCUGGCAAUAGUAUUGGCACCAGAAUCAGAUUUGAAAAAGCAGAUGAAGAGAUUGUCACACAAGAUAAGGGAAUAUGAAGUUCUUAUGAAUCAGCUUAAGGAAGAUUUAAGAGAAGAAAAGUUAAAGGCAAAGGAAGAAGCUGAGGACCUGGCACAGGAAAUGGCUGAGCUGAGGCACCAAAUGACAGGUUUGCUUGAAGAAGAGUGCAAACGCCGUGCGUGCAUUGAGCAAGCUUCAUUACAGAGAAUAGCUGAAUUAGAGGCACAGAUCCAAAAAGAACAGAGGAAGCCUUCUUUUGCCAUCAGGACGCUCCAUGAAGCUUAGGAAUUUGCUGCAUCUAGAAGUAUUAGGAUCCAUAAUUACAAAUUGUGCUCAAGACAGAUUGACAGUUUACAAUUCAAUAUACUUUUAUACAAGAGAGAGAUCUUAUGUUCCAGCAGAUGGCAACAUGUCAGAUAGGCUGGCCACUCUGAUCACACAGUAAGGAGGACACCACAUUGAUAAUGAACAUUACGAGCCAAACUUGAACUUAUAUCUGGUAGUGCCACCACAUAUGCCAAGGCAACAUCACAUACUAAUGAUUGGCUACAAGUGGUAUACAUGCUCUUUAUUUUUUCUUUUUUUGGGUGACCACAUGCUCCUGGGUUACCAUGUAUGUUGUAAAGCAUUCUGAAAGAAAUUGCUAUUCAUUUGGAUGGAACACAAUUUGGGUGACUAUUUCAUGUGGAAGAAAUUCGUGUAUAGAAAAGCCAGUUGUAUGUGUUUUUCACUGUUUUCUUGACCCAAUUGUAUAAUCAUUCCAUUAUUUAUUUGUGAAAUGCAUCUCGUUGACUUCGGUUUUAUUA